AUGAGAGACACGACGAGGGACGGACUGGCCUGGGAGGACAACGGCUUGGGCCCCGAGCCCCGAUGGACGCGGGAGCCUGACAUGCGCGCGGUCAGGCGCGUGUGUCGCCGCCACCUGGGCAUUGCCGAUGACGCGCCCGACGAUGCAUUGACCGUCGCCUUCCUCACCGACGGCGCCUUCAACAAGCUGUACAGCAUCCGCUCCAUUCGCGGCCAGUUGGUGCUGCGCGUGUCGCUGCCCGUGGACCCGCGCCACAAGACCCGCGGCGAGGCGGCGGCCCUGCAGCUGGUUCGCCGCAAGACCGACAUUCCAGUGCCCCGCGUCUUGGCCUUUGACGACUGCCGGAGCAACGAGGUUGGCUUCGAGUGGCUGCUGAUGGAAAGGAUGCCGGGGACGCCGGCGUACUACCGCUGGCGCAAGAUGACGAUGGCGCAGAAGGAGAGUCUGACCGUCCGUGUGGCCGAUUUCCAGUCCCAGCUGCUGCGCUGCAACAACGGCGGGGACGGGUUCAGGGGAAUCGGAACGCUAGGGAGCGCUCCCGACCGCGAGAACACGGGAGCACCCGAGCCGGGCCCCGUCGUAUCGAGCUUCUUCUUCUCGGGCGACCGCUACCACUACCCCGUCUCGCGCGGGCCGUUCCGCUCGAGCCACGACUGGCUGCAGGCACAGCUCAACGUCAUCAUCAAGGAGCACACGACCGCGCUGGUCGCAGCCCGGAACGACGACGACAGGGAGUAUGCCGAGAGCGCACUGCGGGUGGCCCGGAAGCUGCAGCGCAUCCUGCACAAGGUCUUCCCGGCCAUCGUGCACCCGCCCGAGCGCACCGUGGUCUGGCAUGACGAUCUGUCGCUGCGGAACAUACUAGUCGACAACAGCGGCAGCGUCACGGCCGUCAUAGGGUGGGAAUGCGUGUCGACGAUGCCGCGCUGGGUGGCCUCGCAGGUGCCCGAGUUCCUGCGCGGCGCUGCUAGGGAGAUCAGGCCGGACCGCAACUGCUACACGGACGUGGACAAGGCCAGCGCCGCGGAAGGCGACCCGGACGACAGCCUCGACAACGAGGGCAAGACGGAGCUGUACUGGAUCCACCUGAUGGAAUACGAGCAGACCCAGCUGCGCAAGGUGUACGCGGCACGCAUGCGCCAGCUGCGGCCCGAGUGGGACUUGGAGGUGGAGGAGGGCGCGCUGAAAGUGGAUUUCCUGGGCGCCGUGUCACGCUGCGGGUCCGGGUUCUACCUCCGGCGCAUCGAGCAGUGGGUUGAUGCCGUCGAGCGCAAGGAGUACCUGCCACUGAUGGAGGUGCUUCGCGUGGGCAUCAAGAAAGAGAAGGCGGCCAAGUCGGCCACAUCCGGCGCCCUCACUUUGGCGAGCAGAUUGUCCUAG